AUGAACCAAAAUGACUCCAGCAGAAGUGUUGAGGGCUCAGAGUGCUGUUCCAUCUGCUGAGUAACAGAAUCUCUGGCUUGACUUUUGCACAUGGGUAGCUGGCCACUGAAGACUGCUCAUCAACAGAUACUGAUCAAAUGAUGAUGUUUGGAAAAAUUUCGAGGCAACUCUGCGGCUUAAAGAAAAGCCCACGGUCACGUGACUCCAGAUACUUCUGGGAAUGGUUGAAUACAGUGUUUAACAAAGUAGAUUAUGAACGCAUCAGGGAUGUUGGCCCUGACAGGGCAGCAUCUGAGUGGCUACUUCGGUGUGGGGCCAAAGUACGCUACUGUGGCCACCAGAAGUGGCUACAGGAUUACAACCACAUCCCAGGAGGCUCUGAGGGCAGAUACAAGAUUCAAGCAAUUGAUGCCACCGAUUCUUGUAUCAUGGAUGUUGGACUGGAUCACAUGGAAGGCCUAGAGCAUGUUGAAAAAAUCAUACUAUGCAAGUGUCAUUAUGUUGAAGAUAACUGUUUGCAGAGGCUUAGUCAACUUGAAAAAUUACGAAAAAGCCUAUUGGAAAUGGAGAUCAUCGCCUGUGGGAAUGUCACCGACAAUGGCAUCAUUGCUUUGCGACAUUUUAGGAACCUCAGGUAUUUGUACUUAAGUGAUCUUCCUGGAGUCAAAGAUAAAGAAAAUCUUGUCCAAGUCUUUCAAACAACACUGCCUUCUCUAGAACUAAAAUUAAACCUGAAGUAAAACAC